CGUCUGAUAGAUAUCACAAACGUUAUAAUUGCAGGGUAGUAUUUUCAGCAAUCGUUUACGAAAGUCAGUAGUUAAUACGUUGCGAUUCGUUUGCAUGAAAUCGAGCGCGUCUAUUGUUUGGGGAAAAAAGCUGUCGCAAUGAAUUAUGGGGAAUGUAGUUCAUGAAGGAGGUCCUGCUGCUAAGGUGUUUAUUGACAAAACUACAACACCCAUACAGCACUUCUCUUACUAACUUAACGGUUUGGUUAAAGCUACGCUGGGAGUUGUACAGGUCCAGAGCUCAGUGUUGAGACCCAGAGCAAAAGGGGAAGAAAGGAAGAAGGUCCCUUUGAAGCAGCAGCUGAGAGGAGGAGGGUUACAGCGUUCAUCAUGGCGAUGUUCCGCAGUUUUGUUUCAGCUGCCCAGCUCAGACAGCCUCAUCCCCAGCCCCAGCUGCAACACGGAGAGAGUCUGGAGAGCCAGUUUUCCUGCCCCAUCUGCCUGGAGGUUUAUCACAAACCCGUCAGCAUCGCCAGCUGCGCUCAUACGUUCUGUGGAGAUUGCCUUCAGCCGUGUCUGCAGGUGACGUCUCCCCUCUGUCCCCUGUGCCGUAUGCCCUUCGACCCCAAGAAAGUGGACAAAUCGUCCAGUGUGGAGAAACAGCUCUCCUCUUAUAAAGCACCAUGUAGAGGAUGCAGCAAAAAAAUCACACUGGUCAAAAUGAGGUCACACAUCUCAUCUUGCACAAAGGUGCAGGAACAGAUGGCCAACUGCCCAAAGUUCAUGCCUGUGGUUCCCACAUCACAGCCCAUACCCAGCAAUAUUCCAAACCGAUCCACAUUUGUGUGCCCGUAUUGUGGAGCUCGAAAUCUGGACCAACAAGAGUUGGUUAAACACUGUAUGGAAAACCACCGCAACGACCCCAACAAAGUGGUGUGUCCCGUGUGUUCAGCCAUGCCCUGGGGUGACCCCAGCUACAAGAGCUCCAACUUCUUGCAGCACCUCCUGCACCGGCACAAGUUUUCCUAUGACACAUUUGUGGACUACAGCAUUGAUGAGGAGGCCGCACUGCAGGCAGCACUGGCCCUCUCUCUCUCUGAGAAUUAAGAGUUCAUCCAAGUAGCCUUCACUUUUCACCACCUCCAACCACCAUAAUCAAUCACCAUCACUCAGCCCAACCGCUUUAUCCAAUCAGUUGUCUCUCUAACUCCUUCAUGCUGCAGACAGGAACAUAAAGGAGUGUCAUUUCCAUCCUAGUUUUUCCCACUCCACACUUCACCAGGUAGCUGCACGGCUGGUUCUGCACCUGGUGUUACAGACACAAGACCACCACACUUUUCUGCCCACAAUUCCACGCUUCCUUCACUGAUGGAGGUGGAGCACACAAUCAUUUAUAACUGCUGCAAUCAAUAACAACAGCAUUCUUGGUGUAUCUCGUAUCUAUGGUGAAUAACACUGCAAGCUUCGAUCGACAUUCGAGAGGGAAAGAACGAAACUGCAUUUCACCAUCAGAUUUUUUUCCAUCAGUUCUGUUUUUCUCUCUCUUUCUCUCUUCUUCAAACAUGGACAGAUGGCAGAGUAAGUAGGAAAAGCCAUCAUACAGACCACAGUGGAAUGUAUGAGAGCAUUAUUUCAGGCUUGAAUGAUGAAAGUCCUUGUGUCUACCCCAUUAUUGCCAUGGUGACUGUGUAAAUGAUGGACACCUCAGAAACAGAGUCUCCUGUUGGGUAAAUAUGAGAGAGAGCAAGAAAGAGAGAGAGAGAGAGAGAGCUCCAUUACUUUACUGUAAGCAGAAGGAAGCUGAGAUGAAUGAUGAUAGUACCUACCUUGUGGGAAUGACUCAGCUUUAGGCAAUACUCAUACAGCAGAGAGAAAUGAUCCAGUGUUCACACCAUCACUGCUAUCACGACUUGACCAUCGCUAAAAACAUCCCCUUUAUUUCUAUUUCUUUUUCUUUCUUUUUUUUAUUUUGUAAGUGAACACUCACGAUUUUCUACAUGACAGAAGUCUAGUUCUAAUGUUCUUUUAUAGUUCUCUGAUGGGAUGCUAGUACUGCUUUUAUUUUCACCCUGUUCUUUAAUGGUUUACCUUGCUAAAAUAAUAUUUUUUACAAAGCAUCAGAUCAGAAGAAUAUCUAUUUUUGGAAAAAUGUUUCCUUUAAAAUCAGCUAAUACUGAGAAAGUGGAAAGUGAAACUUGUGCCGACUCGUUUGAACUUCUUCAUAUAUAUAUAUAUAUAUAUAUAUAUAUAUAUAUAUAUAUAUAUAUAUAUAUAUAUAUAUAUAUAUAUAUAUAUAUAUAGGAGGUUGGGGAAUAGAUCACAAAGCUUGACCACUAGGUGGCGCCAUGUGUUAGUUCCAUGGGAAGGCUGGUGGCAUGAACCAUAGUCAUUCUGACCCCAGUUUCAUGCCACACUUGGAUGAUGUUGUGUAGUAGAUUUCAUGCCCAAGGUUUCUGACUAGCAGAGAGUCAUCAUGUGGCUCUGGAUAUCAGACUGAGAUACAAUAUAUUGUAUGAGUAUGUUACUCUCAUAAUGAUGGAUAUUAUGUUGAAUUGAGUGAGGCAGCGAGGUAUUGUCUAUGGCAGUUCUGACAUUCACUCCUUCAGCAGAUGGAAGCAGACCGUAAUCCAAACACAGUGCAGUUGAUGGUUAAAAGACUCAAUUCAGAAGCCCAGCUGUGGCUCACUUUGCUUUGAACGUUUUUUGGUAAGCUACCACUUUCCCAUACUGCUUCUAUGGGGAAAGACAAAUUAAAAACUGCCUGAAGGCAAAUUUGCUUAAAAAAUAGUUCAACUGAAAUGAACGACACCGUUUUCUCAGACUGUCAGUGAAGCUAACAUGGGCACGGAAGAAAAAAAUCUGUCACUGGCAGUCGCUGUGUCUCAUCAGAUUUUUUUGUCUUAUAUCUGUAAUAUAUUUCAUUUACUUUUGAUUGUUCAAACCUUUUAUCCUGAGCGUUCAUCACAAUCAUUUUGUAUUGUUUGUAUCUUUUGAUAGUGAAGAUCUGAAAUCAGGUUUUUUUCCUUGACUAUUUUGGCAGCCUGGCUGCAUGCAGAGAGAAUAAGAGUGACUCACUGAGAAGGUGACGCCAAACACUGGCAGUGAACGCCGGGUGACGAGAUUCAGUUUUAGAUUUGAUUUCUUACAAACACUUUCCCAUCAUUAUGUGCAUAAUCAUGGUUAUUUUCUUUUGUAAAGUUUCUUUAAAAAAAAAAAAGGAAACGCUUGAUUAGAUGAUUCUCCUUGAUGUCUCCUUGUCCUCCAUCUUGUGUGUCAAUUACUCCUAAUGUGUGUAAUAUGAAGUUGUGCAACAAAACACAUGGGAAAAAUACGCCUGUCUUCAUGUGCUGGAGUCUUUGUAUAAGCAGAACUGCUUUUAAGAGGCGGUUUAACGGAAAGAAUUGAAACUUGUACAUUUUAAUAGUCAGAUUGUGAGUGUUUACCUCGUUAUUGUCGCUGGGUUUAAACCCUGAUUCAUGUGAAAUCAUCGUAACAGAUCCAGCAAAGUUAAAAUGUUGCACUGGUUCUAAUCACUAGGGAUUUUAUCCUAGUAUUAUGAUUUGCCUUUGUACUGUAAAGUAGGCAUGUGCCGAUCAAUAUACUGUAGUGUAGUUGCGGGAGCACUUUAAAUAAAUAGGAAAUCUUGUCACUGCUCAUGUGUUCUGUAUGAAAGGAAACUCCUGAAGUAGGAAGCAGUUUAAAGCAGCAUUUACACACUUGAGAGAAUGUUUCCUUAGUGGUCAUGAUGCUAAAGUGUUUAGUGACAGAAAAAGCAGUGAGCAUUAAUAUAGAUGCUGUUACAUUUGCAGAAUAUCUCAUUCAUGCAGAAUAAAUGUGCCCCGAAUGACGUAACUAUGCUUGCUCCGAAAGUUUGGAAAAUGUUGGAAAAUAUCUGCAAUGCUGCAAUAAAUCAACCUGAUUACGACUGCAUGACUUGUAUAGAAGUAACGUGGAUAUAAUAAGUCAACACACCCCUGUUAAAACUGCAAAAUAAGGAUGAUAUGGCUACAAAAAUAAAAUCGAGUGAAAAAACAAAUGUGGAAACAAAAGAAAAAAAAAUUGCAAAAGUAUGCACACUCUUAAAAUAAGGCAUGUGACUGUGCUCAGUAUUAACAAUAACUUUAAUUAAAGUGAUGACUUAAAUAUCGUUCAGCUACUAAUUAAUAAACUGAUUCUGAUUGAAACCAGAUAGACAUUCUUGACAUUAUGUUGUCUUCAUCUGAAUGCUGAAGCCAUGGUCUGCGCUUAAAUAGAGCAUGUACGGGAUCUCCUUAUAGAAAGGUAUCGACCAGGACUGGGGUCCAUUGAACUGAUGGGGCUCUACAGAAACAUCACCCAGAACAAGACAUCCCUCGAAAACAGGUGAAAUAACAAGCAGAAAACAUGCUAAACGACUUACAACAACAUUAAAGGAGUAAUGGUCACUCUCUUAGUGUGGCAGGAGUCUCGUCUAUUUUUUUUACAUGUCUGGGUUAUGAGUAGAUGGAAGCUCUAACUGCUGGGGGAAAAAACAUUUAACUGUCUAAUGAGACCAAAGUAGAACUUUAUGGCCAUCAUUCUAAAAGAUUUGUUUAGCACAAAAACAAAAGAAUGCCACAGUGAAGCAUGGUGGUGUCAGCAUCAUACUAAUGGUCUGCUUCUUUUCAGCUAGGACUGGUGCAUCGGCCAAGAUAAAGGAAAUCAUCUAUUUUAUCACAAAAUCUGCAGGUCUCUUUUAGACAGUUUAAGAAAAAUGUACAGGGCAUUUUUAAAAAGAAAGAGAGGAAUAUAAUGGACAGAUUCAGAUGUGCUAUGUUGGUAUUACAAGAUGCUUUAACAAAGAAUUAGUUAUGGGGUGUGUAUACUUAUGUAACCAGCUUGCUGGGUUUUUUUUUUGUUUGUUUGUUUGUUUGUUUGCUUUUUUCUCUCUGACCAACACACAUCCCUUUCCUUUUUUCUUUUCCAUCAUAAAGCCCUACCACUGUUGCACGGGUGUGUGGACGUCCAUCGAUAAGCUAGUAAGCUUUAAUUUAGUCACGUUUAUAAUCUUUCUAUAAUACAGUAAGAGGUUAUGGGAAGUGGUGAAGCAGUUAUGGGAAUGAAAACAUCACAUCGGCACAUGCCUACUGCCAAGUGUACUUUGUAACGGUCACAAAAGAUUACAUUUUGGAGAAUGAUAUUUUUUGUGACAUUUCUAGAUGACGAAUAAUGGCUAAUAAUAAUAAUAAUAAUAAUAAUAAUGCCAACAACAGCAGCUGUAUUUGGUGUAUCUGUGUUCAGUAAUGUGUUUCUUUGGCUUUUUAAGGGUGUUAAUAAGGAUUGUAAGGCUUUUUAAAGCUGCAGGUGGUCUGACUGUUGUAUGAGAUGUAUCAUGAUCUCAUAAUUAAACACAGAGAAAAGAGAGUAUCUGGACUGAAAAUGUCAGAAAACCUCGGACGUUUCUUUCGCUGUUCAAACUCAGCAACGACCUGCGACUGCGUCAACCAUUUCCCUGAAUUUUUUUACUUAUUUACUAUCAAUGCUAUUUUCUAAGUGUUUGUAAUAUACCACAUGCAAAUAAUCUUCAUGUUCACUGCUGUAGCAUAACACGUAGGUUUUUAAACUUUUUUAUAUAUGGCAUUUUUUUCUUCCCCACUGGCUCCCUUUGAGAACGAUACAAAGCGGAUCAUUUCCAUACGUGUGCGUCUCCCGCAUUGUGGGCCCAAGCAUGAGCUGGAGAAAUGAAUCACUCAGCAUCUCAAUGUGGGGCUCGACGUGGAGAAAUAAGGACUAUGUGGAUUCUUAUGGAUCUAUGAGGAAAAAUGGCUUCUUGCUCAGCAGAGACUCAUUGUUUUCCUGUAGCUGUUAGUAGGAGCUUGCUUGCGGAGACAAACAGAAGGACAUCUCACAACUUGGCAGAUCCAUCACUGAUCCAGUGACUGCAAGCUGUGCCUGUGUUCCCGGGUGUGUAUACGGGUGUGCGCGUGAGCUGUCUCAAUGGAAAUAUGCAUUCAUGACAUAAUAAUGAUAACAGUAAUAAUGAUGAUGCUAACACCAGUGUGGAGUUUUGAAGCUGUAAUGCUGUUUGAGGUUUAAUAGUUUACUUAUAUGAUGUAUUUGUAGCAGUUUUUCCCCCCCUCAAUAAAACCACAGACCCAUCUUA